AUAGCUGGCUUCUCUCACGCGGUUUGGGAAAUACUGCUACAGUUUAUAGCUAUAAUCUAGCGUGUUAAUACUGAGGCACAUUUUAACACAAUUUCUUCAAGUGGAAUGUCUACAGCUGCUCGUAAUGGAGAACGGAACGGGAGUUUACUACCAGGCAAUGCCUGCCGUGGGACCUAAUGGGAAAAAUAUUAUGAAGCUGAUUCCAGUUCAAAAAGUCAAUGGGCAGUUUGUUCGCACACAGGUACACGGUGCAAAGAAUGACACGCAAGCUAAGGUUUGUUCUCAGCUUGCUCACAUAUCUUGUGAGUCUUCAGCGCAGAAUAAACUCCCUACACUUCAGGCCAUAGGAGAUGGACGUUAUAUUUUAAGAACACCAUCAGUUAGUAACACACUUGUUAACUCUGGGGAAAGUCAACAGCAAGGAGCUAAGGAUGUAUUUAAAAAGCCUAUCAAGCAAGUACAAGUCUCGCAAUCCGCUCCAAAAUCGGCAGCAAACGCAUUGCAACCACCUCUUGGGAAUGAAAAUAAUAAUGUAGCUGUAAUUAACAGUCCACAGCUGCCAGUGAAUGUGAACUCAUCCGUCUUCCCUGGACAUUACCUUCAGAUCCCUCCUAAUGCUACAGUUAGAACUCUUCCUGCCUCUGCACUACCACAGUUCAUUAAAAAGAGAAUAUGCAACUCAGCAAACGUUCCACCGAACCCCGUGAAGGGUUCACCAACAGUUAUUUAUGUUUCUCCAGUCAACUCACUGAAAUUAGGAUCCAAUCAACAGCUACCCUGUCUCACAAAAUCAAGUGAACUCUCCCAAACCUUGAGUUACAGUCCUACCACAAGCUCUGGGGAAAGUCAGAACACUUCUUCUGCAUCCAACUCCAAGACUACCCAAGGAGACACCACACCGAUGAAAUGGGUGGUCCAAGAAGGUACAGGAUGCACUGCACCAUAUCUCAUUCCAGUAACCUCCCCCAGCGUGACCUCAGACAUCUUAAAAGUUGUCAAGCAAAUGGAAGCAGAGAGGUUGGCGAAGGCAGCAAAAGAACCCACAUCUACGACCAGCCAGGAAAAAGUUCAUCCGGGAAAGGACAAUGCCCUUGUCAUGUACAAUGGAAAAGUUUACUUUGUGGCUAAGAAAGAUUCCGAGAUCUCCAAGGAUGUGAUCACGGGGGCGGGAAACAGGCCGAAUAAGAGAAAAUCUGCCCAGCCCUCUUGUACUACAGUAGGAACGAGUACAUCAAAUAAGGCUCAAAAGAAAGUCAGUAAACCAGCAAAUGAAAUAAUUGAUCUUUGUGGUGAAGACGAAGAGGGCUCCACAUGCACAAGACCGGAUAGAAGGCUUGGACUGAGUGAGGCGGAGGUUCAGAAUGACGACGACUCCAAUGUAAUAUUUGUGUCAUACAGGCCACCGAAGUCGGAGCCUGAGGCCAGCCUUAAAAUCCCAGAGGCAGCUCCUGAGACUCCACAGAGCAGCUGUGGCAAAGGUGUGAACAGCCCUGCUGGUGACACAGUGAAUAUGGCUGUAGACGUCCAGAAAAGCAGUACACUCGUCACUGGAGCAAACCUUAAUCUGGAAUGUCAGGAUGUGCUCGAAAAUGUUCAGCAAAGAGUGUCUGUGUCACCACAACCAAAGGUCAUUUGCGGUCAAGGAACUGACGUCACUGAUGGGGACUCGGCUCGUCUGUGUACAUUGGACACUGAAGCCGUCACUGAAGGAUCUUUAAAAAAGCCAGCCUCGGGCCAGAUAUUCCAGCGGAAGAGUGACUCUGAACUCAGACAGAUUUUUGGGAUUACUUCUGAUGUAAGGAUUUGUUUGCAAAGGACAAAUCUGACUAGAGAGGCAGACCCACAAGGCCAGAGAAGGUCCAUGAACAAACGCACACUGGAGGGCAUCCGCAGAUUCAUUCACCAAGCACAGACCGAGACAAAAGCCAAACGUCUGGUUCAGACUCAGGUGUCCACCCCCAAAUUGGCAGAAGGAAGUGGGCCAAAAAAUGGCAAGAGACAGAAGUUGGAGCAGCAUGGGUGCAGUUCUUCAGACAGUACCGCAUUCGUUAUCACACAUUCCUCACCUCACCCCAGCAGUCCAGUAGAUUAUGAGGAGGACAAGCAGCUUGUGCCCUCUGCAAACGACGAGGUUUCGCAGACCUGUCAGCAGAAAGGAACUUGCUCCCGUGCUGGUGCUUGUGAAAUAGCAUAUCAAACUACAGAGUCACUUGGUUCCUCUUCGUCCUCCUCCUCCUCCUCUUCAGCGACGAGUUAUGUCAGCAGCGGGGCUCGUCCCCCUGUCUCGCGAAAGACCCCGGCCCGAGUAAGUAAGGGAAGCGGGAGAGUGUGCACGGCGUGUCCGUGUGGGACUAAGGUAGGGGCUGUGAGCGCCAUUCCAUCACCGAAGCCGGCUCCGCCUGCAGCGGUCGACCCGUCUACAGAGGCAGUUGUCGUGAGCGAAUUGAGCGCAGAUUGUCCUAGAGGUGAAAAAGUAGUGGAGAGUCCCAUUUCAAGCUCUCAAGACAGUAGCGGUGUGUCAGAUCAGGCUGGAGACGGAGUACACAGCAGCCAAGUGUACCUCGGCGCCGUGCUCUCUGACGGCACAGGCGCUUCACAAAAUGCUACCAGCCGUGUCGAGGGUGCCAGCCAACCAGACUUGUCUUUAAAAGAAAUGACGUGCAGCAGAACGUCUGGUGCUGUUACAGGCUGCGAGACCUUUGCGCAGGGCUCAGAACACCAGCUCAAAACUGCCCCACAGGAGACGUGCACACCGAAAAAGGGAGAGGAAACGGUGCCUUCCUCCUCAGCUGGACAAGCGAAUGAUGCGGGUGACGGUUUUUCUAAUACGUUUUUGGCCUCUUUGUUGCUGGACCCUGAGGAAAUAAAGCGACAAGAGCGAAUCAGACGCCUCAAAAACAUCCUGAGGGAGAAGGAGGCUGCCCUGCAGAAGCUGAGGCAGAACAUGUGAGAGAUAUCCACACGCCACUGGAUGUAAUGUGGGUAUCGGCCAUCAUUAGACUUGCCGUGGGAGGCCAGAUGUUGAGGGAACACCCAUUUGUUAAACAUGAAAUUGCUACUGGUGAAAAGCAGUUUGUCUUAUGUACCCUUUUAAUUAACUGAUUAAAUAGUGUGUACUUGCAAGGUGCUAUUUUGCAUCAGCUUUAAAACAAACAAACAAACAAAAAAGGUUCUGUAUUUUAAAUAUAUUUUGUCGUAUUUAAAGCUAUCGAUGUUCUGUAUGUUUAAUUGUCAUACAGUAUGUUUUUUAUUAGAUUUAGAUGCUUCACUUGGGAAUUGGUAUUCUUUAAAAUUUUUAUUGGCCAAAAGAAAGAUUGUAAAGUAUGACUGUAAUUGUACCUUGAAUUGACUUUCUGAAUUGAGAACUGUCAAAGAUAUGUAUAGUUUAAAAUCGUCAUUUACACGUUCAUUUAAUAAAUGAGAAAAUGUACCUUUCUGAAGGCAUGUGUACACAGUGCAACAAUUAAUCAUUUUUGCAUGCCUGCACAUAUUGCAAACAAAAAUUUCAUUUUCACUUAUGGAUGACUUCGGAUGGUCCUGCAAUUUUUAUUACGAUGCGAAUUAAAAAUUGUUUAAACAGUUUA